AUGUCUGCUUUUAAGCGCUCCGCAGACUCCGGGUCGGAACCAAGGUUUAUGUCCUCUUAUCCCCGUUGUUUUUAUGGACACAUAGACCUCCGUGAGAAGUACAAUGUUGUCCCUCCUUCGGUUCCAGGUUACCUCUAUGGGGAUCAGAUUGUCCCAGCACAGUCUGUCAGCUCCAUGGACCAAGUCACCAAUGUUAUGGUUGUGGAAUCUUUGGAUUCCAGUUUUGGGCUUCGGGGUUUCUACUCGAUGGAAUUUGAAAAACACCGGCGAGUGGUCGCUUUUGCCUAA